AUGGCUGCCAUUCCAGGCUCUCCGUCAGCUAGGAGCCUCUCCAAGAUCUCCCCGCCAGCCCCUUCCACCGCCGACGACCUCGUCCUAGCAUUAUAUGAUUUCCCGGCAACAGCGCCCUCGACUAACCGCUGCUUAUCUUUCAAGGCUGGACAGGUGAUACGCGUCGUCAAUCGUGAUCAGUCAGGCUGGUGGGAUGGCGAGAUGAUCCAGACAUCAAUGACAAAACCUGCCAACCUCUCCUCAAACACUCGCUUCCUGCCCAUCAGACGCGGCUGGUUCCCAAGUAACUACGUCAGCCCGAUCCCUACCUCGAAUAUUGCCAGCUUCGAGCUCACCCAGAAAUCAACACAUGUCCGACGGCCAUCAGCAGCUUCUUUCGCUUCGUCGAUUGCCACCGCCACCGACAUCUUCCUUGAUUCACCCCUGCUGUCAUUGAACUCGACAUUACCCGACCUCAACCCUACCCAUUCUCGCGCCGCAAGUAGCUCGACCCUGGCCUCUACAAAUCAGCCGUCCCCAUCCGAAUCAAAUGACAACAGUUCAGUAUGGGAGCCAAUCGCCCUUGCCAUCCGCAUUCUACAUUCCGAAGCUCGCAAGAAUCCUACUUUCGACGUCCAACCGGCCACCGCCAACAUUAUCUCAGCCGUUCGAGCCGCGCUCAACUCCAUAGGAUGUUUGGGCCGUCACGCCCCUGCUUUACGCCUCUAUCCCAAUCUCAGUCGCGCCCGGAAGCAGCUCCUGUCUGCUCUGUCAUCCCUGGUCGAGCAGGCUCGCGAGAUCACUCCCUCUCCUUCACCGACAAUCAAUCAUCCCUUGCAAUCUCAGUCUGGCAAGCACGAAGCAAAACAGACCCUUCUGAGGCUUGCCGAUCAAGUCCUUUCCGACGUCCGUGAAUUUCUACGCAUUGCCAAGUGCUGUGGUCUUAGCUCGAAUACUCAAAGCCCUCCCAAACCCUCAGAAAGCCUGGCCAUGGCCAAUGGGCAACGCUCCAUGUCCCUGUCCUCGCCGCAUCCGCCACAUCCUAACGAGGUGGAGGCUCCCCGGUUGAUACGCCCCUGCAAAAGUGUCGGAACCUUGGCCCACUUCUCUUCUUACGAAUCACUCAAGGGUACCCCUUCAAUCAAGUCCAGUAAGGGCACCCCGUCAAUCAAUUCCAGCAAAGGCACUCCGUCAAUCAAGUCCAGCAAAGUUUUGUCUAUGAUCCAACACCGUCGACUGGACUCGAUAACUUCGGUGCAAUCCACUAUCUCCACUCCAUCAUCCGCUGUCGUCACUCCUGUCUCUACGACUUACAUCCGAGAUCUGAUUGAGAAGGCUCACGACCAAGUGCUUUCGACUGUAGCCGUUUUCAUCGGUCACGCGCACUUCCACUCCUCGACUGCCCACCCGAGCAGCCAUGCCCACUUGAUCGACAUGACCCGGGACGUGAUCGAGAACGUAUGCGAGAUGCUGGUGAUGGUCGAGUGCGUGUCGAAAAAUGCCGUAGUACGUGCGCAACAGCAGGCUAAGGGUGAGCUCCCGCUGGGUGUAGCCCGUGAGUCACUCUACGUCUCGACAACUGGUCUCGUCACUUCCACCCGCGUAGCGACAUCCUCAUCUCCCCAGGCCACCCCCAUCACACCAGUGGAGGAUGAGGAAGCGGACUCGUUACUCUCGGCUGCCACUGCUGUUCUUCGGGCCACCAACAACUGCAUGGACGCUGUGUCGAACUGUCUGGCAAGGAUGGAUCCAGGCUAUGCAGAAUUUGAGCUUUCGUCCAAGCGUCCCUCGUUCAACUCUUGCUUCAGCUCAAGCUCAUACGCUGAAGCUAGCGGAUCGCUCUCCAUGAGAUCUCGCCACACCUUGUCGAUGCUUGGACGGAAGGCGAGUGCCCUAGCCUUCACUCGGAAUCCAUUCGAGGCCGAAAGCCAGGCCAAUUGGAGCGCCGUUUCGCAAGAUUGGAAGAACUCGCUCACACUCGAGGCUAGGUCGAUGGAGCCAAGCGCGGCCAGUGACGCUGACUCGCUGUAUACCCCCGACACCUCGUUCCUGACACAGACCACAGAAGCGGCGAAGAAAGGCACACCAGCGCCCAGUACGAGUCCCAGUCUGUCGACGCUCAGCUCAUCGGAUGGCAUUGAAUUCGUACGCGCCUCGCCCUCACCGGCCAACUCAUCGGAUGGUCGCUAUUCCCGCGAAUCUUCUCCGGCCACUUCGACUAGUGUCUCUCAUCCUGAAGAUGAUCCAAUUCAGGUCCCCGACAGGCGCCCUACCCCAGCGCAGCGGCCAAAUCCAAAAGCUCUGACUCUAGCACCCCUUCAAAUCCCUACUGGAAUGUCAGGCUCACAAAACCCGGAUUCCUGGCAGAAGGAGCUGCUGCUCAACACUGACGGCCAAGUCAUCGGAGGCACUCUUCGUGGCUUAGUUGGUCGGAUGACCUCUCAUGACACACCGGUCGAAGCCACCUUCUUUCAUUCAUUCUUCAUGACUUUCAGACUGUUCACGACAUCAGUUGAAUUCUCGAACGCAUUGAUUGCCCGGUUUUCAUUAACUUUUGAACUGAAUACCCCAGUUACUCCGAGUGAUCCUUCCAACAUUAGCUCGAGGGUUACGCCCAUCCGGCUACGAGUGUACAACGUGAUGAAGAGCUGGCUGGAGCUUCAUUGGCGAAUGGAGACUGAUGAGAUUGUCCUACCGGUGAUCAUGCGGUGGGCCAACAGCCAGCUAUCGACGGCCUUACCGGUCCCAGCCGAGCGAUUGGUUGACUUGAUUCAAAAGCGGAUGAAGGAGAGUCAACUGGGGAUCCAACCCGCAGGGCUGCAGACGCGGACCAAGGCCAAGCAAGUCUUGGGCGCCGGCAAGGAGGACAGCUACGGGAAGACGGCCUGCCCAUCGCCGAUCAUCUCCAAGGCGGUGAUGUCCCAGUUCCGGGCCUCCAGCUUCACGCCCUCGGCCCUCCAGCUUUCCGACUUCGAUCCCAUCGAGCUCGCCCGCCAGAUUACCCUGAUGGAGUCCAAGAUCUAUCUCGCUAUCAAGCCCGAAGAGGUCAUCGGCCAACUCUUCAAUAAAAAAUCCGGCGCGGCCGUCAACGUGCGCGCUAUGAGCGCUAUGAGCACUAAGAUGACCGGCUGGUUCACUGAAACUAUCCUGAAUGAAGAUGAUCUUCGGAAGCGAACACAGAUCCUGAAGUUUUUGAUUAAGUUGGGCGCGAAACUACUGGAGAUACAGAACUACAACGCACUGAUGUCGGUGAUGAGUGCGCUUAACUCGUCGACGAUUCUGCGACUGAAGCGGACCUGGGAAGGCGUGGGGAACAAGGCCCGGGUGCAGUUCGAGAACAUGAACAAGGCGGUGAGCCACCAGCGGAACUACGCCGAGUACCGCGCCACCCUCCGCCACGCGCGCACCCCAUGCAUACCCUUCCUGGGCGUCUACUUGACCGACAUGACUUUCUGUCAUGAGGGCAAUCCCACCCAUCGUGCUUCGCCUGAUCUACCGGGGGUGCAGUUGAUCAACUUCGACAAAUAUCAGAAAAUGACGAAAAUCAUGAACGAGAUCGAGCGCUUUCAAGCGCCCUUCAACUUCUCCGAAGUCCCGCAAAUCGCAGCCUAUAUCCGCCUCUCGAUGAGCAACCUGAUGAGCUACCAGGAUUCGGCGGAUGAGCUCUACCAGCGCAGCCUGAAGAUCGAGCCGCGAGAGCCAUCACACCCGCCCCCGCCGCCCUCCUCCGCUACAUCGUAA